GGACGUACGGCCUGGCAGUAGCAGUACAUGUACCGUUCAGCAAUGGCAUCAAUCAGUGAGUUGCUUGUGAUGACGUUUGGGUCAGUGUUCUUGGUUUGUCUUAUUGCAUUCAUUGCUUCGGUGUUGUUUCUGCAUUACAGACAUUCCAAAUACAGUCAUAUCCCAGGCCCCAAGCGGAGAAGCUUUUUCUUAGGAAACAUUCAAGAUGUCAAGGAAUACAUUGACAAGGACAAGUUAUUUGAUGAUGCCAUGAAGGACUGGGGAGACCAGUUUGGUGAUGUGAUUGUGUUUUGGUUCCUUCAUAGGUGUAUUGUGAAUUUCUUUGAUACUCAGGCUAUUAAGGAGAUACUUGUGACAGGUAGUCUAAUAUACCCAAAAGGUUGGACCUAUGAUGGCCUCGCUAUGGUCUAUGGUGCACGAUUUCUUGGCCAUGGGCUUUUGACAGAGCAAGAUCAUACAUUGUGGGCCAAACGACGAGACAUAUUCAACCCUGCAUUCAGUCGAAGCUACCUGAAGACUUGUAUUAGUCAGUUCAAUGCAAGCUCGGACCUGCUGGUUAAGCACCUUAGUGCUAGUGCAGAUAGCAAAAAGAAUGUGCAUCUCUUGGACCAGCUGAACACGGCAACCAUUGACAUCAUCGCAAAGGUUGCCUUUGGAGUAAAUUUCCAUCAGUUUGAUCCUGAAAAGAUAACAUCGUUUAAUAAGGAGUUCAACAUCGCCCUUAAAGGCAUGAAAACACAGUUUGAAAAUCCAUGGAAUAAGUACAACCCGUCCAAAACGCAGCGUGAUUACCGUGCAAAAGUCCGCCACGCCAUUGGUGUCUUACGUGAAACUGGACAAAAGAUCAUAGCCAGUCAGCUUAGCGCUCUUGGUCGGGGGGAGCAGCUGGGUAACAACAUCCUUGCGUUCAUCCUUGAAGCGUCUCAAGCUUCUUCUUCUGGAGCUCUAGACAUGGACGAGAUGGUGGAUGAGUUUGCAACUUUCUUCCUUGCUGGUCAAGAGACAACUGCUAACCUGUUGGCCUCAACGAUGAUACAACUCUGUCAGAAUCCAGAAGUCAUGUACAGAUUGAAAACUGAAGUCGAUGCCGUUGUCUCCACUAAAGAGUUUAUCCCGUAUGAGGAUCUGUCCAAGUUGGAAUACAUGGUUGCCGUUUUGAAAGAGACCCUUCGUCUGCGUCCCCCUGCAACUGGAACGAUGAGGAUUACAACAUCGGACUGUGUCAUCUCCAACACCAAGAUACCCGCAUCCACCGUCCUUGGGAUUUCAUUCUAUGCCAGUGGAAGAAGUGAGAAACAUUGGAAGAACCCGUUGGAGUUUAUCCCGGAUCGAUUCCUUCAUGGCAAUGAAAGUACAUCAGGUGCCUUCACCCCAUUUUCUAUUGGACCAAGAAACUGCAUCGGUCAACAAUUUGCACUGAUCGAGGCUCGUGUUCUCCUGGCUAAGCUUAUCCAGCAUUACAACUUUAGUCUGGUUCCCGGACAGUCCCUGGGCUACACUGUGGAGACAACAAUGAAACCUAUAGAUGGGUGCCAGGUUUUCCUCACCCCAGCCAGCUCAAACCAACAGUAGACGUCAGUGUAAAAUCAAAUACUUUGUCUGUUAUGAAAUGGAAAACUAGUUUUAAACAUCUAAACUAUCACAAAAGCUCAUAGUGUACAAUGUAAUCAGGUUUAUUUUUAAUCUCAAAAGUACUGAUUUUGCAUCCACCCCCCCCCCCCCCCCCCC